GUGUCUAAAUUACUACCUAUUUGUCCGUAGUAGUCGGUACGUAUACACUCGUGGAUCGCGGAGAAGAAAGACGGAGUCGGGACGAAGAGUCUCUCGCAGUAGCAUCCGCCGAGAUUCGCGUUCCCAAUAUCGUCGUUCGAGCUUCGCGUGAUUCACGACGUUAAUCGAGCAUUCGCGCCGCAUCGUUACGACCUUCGGAAACGAAGCAGAACGAACAACGAAAAGUGACGCAGCACCGUAUGCACCGCGCGUGUCGGUAAUCUCUUUCCCUUUCUCUCUCUCUCCCUCCCUCUCUCUACCUCUUUUUCUCUGUCUCUCUCUCUCCGACGGUGUGUCAAAGUUCCGACUGCUGUUCGUCGUCGUCGUUGUCGUCGUCGUCGUCGUCGUCGGUAUCCGUUGGUAUCGUUGAUAUAAGUUACGAGAGGAAAGCGACGAACGAUCGGGCUGCUGCGUCGGGUGGAAGUGUGGCGAAAGGGCGACAGAUACACUUCUCGAACGUGCAUCUCCGUUACGUGCGAGCGAGAGCGAGAACAAGAGGACGAAGUGUGAGAACAUCAAUUUCCCGGAUCGUGGUGAAGCGUAGUUUCAAGAGGAGCGGCCCGAAAUUGCUGCCGCGUGUCGUUCCCGUGUAACCUCGACAGCGCAGCUGUCAUAAAUGUACACGUUCUACGUAGAUUACGCGAUCUAUGCUCGGCCAGCAGCAGGCCGAUCCACCGGAGGCAGUAAGUGAUCGUGCCUGACGCGCGACAGUGAAUCGACGUUAAUCAUCGUCGCGCGACGGUGUUGCGCGCCUGUCGUCGUCGUCGUCGUCGUCGUCAUCGUCGUCGUCGUCGUCGUCGUCGUCGUCGUCCUCAUCAUCAUCAUCAUCAUCGUCAUCGUCUUACGAGUCAACAGUCAGCCAACCAGCCAGCGUACGGCGUUCCUAUUUAACGGCGAACUUCCUGACGCAAGCAGGUGAUCAUGGCGAAUCGGGGUACAGCUCAAAGGCCAAAUGGAUCGACGCAAGGAAAAAUCUGUCAGUUUAAAUUAGUUUUACUUGGUGAAUCAGCAGUUGGAAAAUCAAGCCUUGUUUUAAGGUUUGUCAAAGGACAGUUUCACGAAUACCAGGAAAGCACAAUUGGCGCUGCAUUUUUAACACAAACUGUAUGCCUGGAUGACACAACUGUAAAAUUUGAAAUUUGGGAUACCGCGGGGCAAGAGCGUUAUCAUAGUCUCGCGCCAAUGUAUUAUCGUGGUGCACAAGCAGCCAUUGUUGUGUAUGAUAUAACAAACCAGGAUACAUUCUCACGUGCCCAGACAUGGGUGAAGGAAUUGCAGCGCCAGGCCAGUCCAAGUAUAGUAAUAGCAUUAGCUGGAAACAAGGCAGAUUUGGCAAACAAAAGAGUUGUCGAAUACGAUGAAGCUCAAACGUAUGCGGAUGAAAAUGGCCUUCUCUUUAUGGAAACAUCUGCUAAAACGGCGAUGAACGUCAAUGAUAUAUUCCUUGCAAUUGCUAAAAAACUUCCGAAAAACGAACAGUCUGGAAGUGCAAGUACGAGUGGUCAAGGCCGUCGAUUAGUCGAAUCGGAUGGGCAAAAGGCAGCAACCGGCAAUUGCUGCAAGUGAUUAUCUAAAUCCAUAUGUACUAUAAUCUACAAAAAUAGGUACACCAUAAGUGUGCUACAAUGAAUUUGGGAGGAAGAUGCACACUCCUGAAGGGAAAAACACUAUACAGAAUGGGAAGUGAACUGUGCAUGGGACAUUCGCAAAUAUUUGCUUGAGUGAUUGACUAAAAGCCUGCGUCUCAAUGUAAUCAACGAUAUAUCAUCUAUUUUGAGUAUCAAAUCUUUAAGAAGUGGUAAAAGAAACAAAAAGCUCCCAUUUGUAAUUCGAGUAGUGUAAUGUGGGCGGUGUUCGUUAUAAAUAUAUAAAUAAAAAAAAUAUAUAUAUAUAAAUACACAUUAUAUAUUAUAAAUCAUAUAGGUAAAUAUGAUUUAUGUAAUAAGUAAUGUGCUCUAAUGAUAAUAAAUAAUAAUAUUAAUAAUAAUUAAUAAUACCAUUAAUAUAUUAUACUAUAAAUAUUGAUAAUAACAGUACGUCUAAAAUAUGCAACAUCUAAUGAAUUUUUGGCACGCAAAGAUCUUGUAAGAUAGGAGAGGCUAUUCCUGCUGCUAUUACUAUGUAUUUCCUUUCUUAGUUUGUAACACGUAUAAUAUUUCUUGCUCUAAAAUAUAUUGUAUAUUAAUUUUAUUGACAACUCAUAAUGAAUUAUAAAUGAUUACACAGCAAAAAAGAAUAAACUUGUGAAUAUUGAGAUGGCUCUUUAUAAUUGCCUAUUUAUUCUACCAGAGUUUUAUCUAUAGGAAGAUGGUUCACUUGUACAAAUUUAAUAGUUUAUUGCUUUACAUAUAUUAAAUGUGUAUGCGUUUAUAUCUCCGUUUAUGUAAAGUACUAAUAAGCUUUGAAAAGAUAUUAACUAUUUUGUCGAUACGUCGUCCACUUAUAUAUUCACUUGGUAUGUAUGUAUAUAUAUAUGUAUAUUAAAUUUUAAUUAAUAUACUUCUGUAUUCAGUAAACAUGUUACGUAGCGUUAUCUGUUUAACCACAUUACGAAAUGUCCAAGUACAGUAUAGAAAUGAGCGACGUAUUUAACAAGUCUGAUAAAACGAAUGCGAUAAUAGAUAUAAAACGCAGCUUUCUAUCUGAGUGCACAAUACCGGAUGAUAAAGCGAUUUUAUUCAGACAAAUACGCUCUGAGCUUGGAUUCGAAAGCAGUGUGAGUUACGACGAUAUAUGCGGACCUUGGAAAUUUAACAAUGUACCGUUGCAAUGUCAACGCGGUUACGUAUCCUCGACUUUAUAUGUUACCAAAUUAAUAAUGCCUGAAGAUGUAACUUACAUGAGAGAACAGCAGAACAAGAAAUUUAUUUCGCUAUUUCUCGGUAAAUGUGCACUUUACUCGAAUUGUUAAAACCGCCAAUAACUCCUAACAUGUGAUGGAAAAAUUACAUUCUUUAUAAGCAGUUAACACAAAUAAAAUAUCUGUUGUAA